GGAGGAGAAAGAAGAGAAGGCUGGGCGAAGCUCAACUCAGCCCGGGGGCCCUCCUUUGAAACGGACUAAUUGGGGAGGGAAGACACAAAGGGAAGCGAAAGGCGUUUGGAGAGACGCGCGGCGAGGAAGAGUUCCCGCUGGGUGAGUGGAGUUUUGCCUCCCUCAGGUCUCCGGGGCUGAUCCCGAAAAGUUUUGCCAGGACUAGGGUCCCCGAAGGGAGUGACAGAUCCCAGCUCGUCCUGGGGAGGAGACAAAGCGCUCGGGUGUCCGUAAGAGCUGACGGGGGAGCAAACCACCAUGCGCCGUGCCGACGCGUCCUUGGCCCGUUGCCUGCUGCUGCUGCUGCUGCUCCUGGGUUCCUGCUGGGCCCAAUUCCACGGAGAGAAGGGCAUUUCUAUCCCCGACCAUGGCUUCUGCCAGCCUAUCUCCAUUCCCUUGUGCACUGACAUUGCCUACAACCAGACGAUCAUGCCCAAUUUGCUGGGACAUACCAGCCAAGAAGAUGCUGGCUUGGAGGUCCACCAGUUCUACCCUCUGGUGAAGGUCCAGUGCUCCCCAGAGCUCAAGUUCUUCCUGUGCUCUAUGUAUGCCCCGGUGUGCACUGUCUUGGAGCAAGCCAUUCCACCAUGCCGAUCCAUUUGCGAGAGGGCGCGCCAAGGCUGCGAAGCCCUCAUGAACAAAUUUGGCUUCCAGUGGCCGGAACGACUGCGCUGCGAGAACUUUCCCCGCCAUGGGGCAGAGCAGAUCUGUGUGGGGCAGAACCAUUCAGAGGAAGGUGGCUCUCCAGCACUGAUUACAAGUGCCACUCCAAUUGCUGGACAGGGUACUGCUGGGCCACCACGUUAUGCCACCCUGGACCACCCCUUCCACUGUCCACGAGUCCUUAAAGUGCCCAGCUACCUCAAUUACAAGUUUCUUGGAGAGAAAGAUUGUGCAGCACCAUGUGAACCCACCAAGAAUGAUGGACACAUGUUCUUCAAUCAAGAGGAGAUCCACUUUGCACGCAUCUGGAUUCUCAUCUGGUCUGUUCUGUGCUGUGCCUCCACGUUCUUUACUGUCACCACCUAUCUGGUGGACAUGCAGCGCUUCCGCUACCCAGAACGACCCAUCAUCUUCCUCUCUGGCUGUUACACCAUGGUCUCUGUGGCCUACAUUGCAGGAUUUGUGCUGGAGGAACGGGUGGUGUGCAAUGAACGUUUCCAAGAUGAUGGCUAUCGGACAGUGGUGCAAGGUACCAAAAAGGAAGGCUGCACCAUACUCUUCAUGAUGCUGUACUUCUUCAGCAUGGCCAGCUCGAUCUGGUGGGUCAUCUUGUCCCUCACUUGGUUUCUUGCAGCUGGCAUGAAGUGGGGGCAUGAAGCCAUCGAAGCCAAUUCACAAUACUUCCACUUGGCAGCCUGGGCUGUGCCUGCUGUCAAAACUAUCACCAUCCUUGCCAUGGGGCAGAUUGAUGGUGACCUCCUCAGUGGUGUCUGUUUUGUGGGGCUCAACAACAUAGACCCACUUCGGGGCUUUGUUUUAGCUCCCCUCUUUGUCUACCUCUUCAUUGGCACCUCAUUUCUGUUGGCAGGCUUUGUGUCACUUUUCCGCAUCCGUACCAUCAUGAAACAUGGGGGCACCAAGACCGAGAAGCUGGAGCGUCUCAUGGUGCGCAUUGGGGUCUUCAGUGUCCUCUACACGGUGCCAGCCACCAUUGUUAUUGCUUGCUACUUCUAUGAACAGGCCUUCCGUGAACACUGGGAGCGCAGCUGGAUUAGCCAAAACUGCAAGAGUUUGGCCAUUCCCUGUCCACUUCAAUACACCCCACGCAUGACUCCUGACUUCACUGUCUACAUGAUCAAGUAUCUCAUGACGCUCAUUGUGGGCAUCACCUCAGGUUUCUGGAUCUGGUCCGGGAAAACCCUUCACUCCUGGAGGAAAUUUUAUACCAGGCUAACUAACAGCAAACAUGGGGAGACUACUGUUUGAGAAGGGACAAUGGAGGACGCAAAGAACCCAGGUUGCCAGCUCCAGAGUUUCAAACAAACAUCAGACCUGCCUGUAUCUCCCUCCAUGAGCUGAUGCUGUGUACGUAUGGGGAGAUGUUCUUUGGAAAGCCUCCCUGGAAUUUGGGGAGUGGGGCUUCUUUACUACACAGAGCUGGAAACUCCUCUGACAAUCAGAGAGGAAAAAAGAAAAACAAGGGAGAAAAACCCCAAGUAUUUAAAACUGUCUCAUUU